AUGGCUGACUUUUUACUUUUUCUGUUUUUGGCUAAUGUUUUUCAGUUGAAGAAACAGUUGUCAAAGUUAUAUCUCGGGUUGAAAGAAACAAUUGAUAAGUGCUCGUUUAUUAAGUCGAAAAAAACAAUCCAGUUGAAAGUAUCACAUGAGAAACUCUUAGAAAAGGGUUAUUUUAGUUCACGUAGUGUUCUCUUUUGGCGUUUCCUAUUUGGUGUUACUGAAGUACAGUUAGCUAAUGCAGAGUCAGGCGUUUUCGUAGCUGAAAUAAACCUUUCAGUUAAACCGUUGGUAAUUGGAGACUACGACAAAUCAGACCGUCGAUUCUUAGAAAUCUUAGACAACCUCUGCAAAAAUGUAAAAGAAGUAUUGAAGAGAAUAGAGCCAAGAUUGAACUCAAUUCCAGUGUCAUGUGAUAUCCCCGAGUUGGAUCCAUAUCGACUAAAUACUUCUAGCAACAUUAUAGUACUACUGGCAAUGCCACCUAGUGAAAUGCAACAGGUAUUUUCGACAGAAAAUUGGUUUCAAAGUUUAAAAUUAUCCCUUGAAUCUGCAAGUAUAUCAGAAAGUGAUGAAUGGAUAACUGUGAUUAUUAUUAAUAAUAAUAUUAAAUUACUUGCGAAUAAAAAUUCAAAGUUAACAAUGCAUAAUGAAACACUAUCAGCGAUGUAUGUAGGAAUUGAUAAUGCGGUAGUUGCCUGCCUUGGGGGCAUAGAUAAAACUGCAGUAAUAAUGCGACUGUCAUCAGCUGGACUAGUGAAGAUUGGCUAUUAUAGUCAAUAUAAUACCCUCAAUCUGCGUAUCAAUGAUGCUUUGUCAUUGAUGGACUUGACACGUAAGUGA